AUGUCCGAAACUGCUGAUAGAUCUGAUACUGAUAAUAAUGAUAAAUUAACAUUUGAAGAAGAAUUGUAUGACAGUGCUUAUACAUCUGAUUCUGAUGCUGAUAAUGAUACUGGUAAUGAUGCUGAUAACGAUGGUGAAUUGACAAUUAGGCUCUAUUUGGUUGAAGGGAAUUGGAAGGAAAAGAAAGGAAAUGAAAGGAAAAAUAACCUUUCCUAUUCAAUCCUUGAAUCCCGUGAUAAUUGGGAUGUGCUUCUCAACAUUGAUUUCUUUUGUCGGAUGAUUACAAACCCACCUGAAGAACUUUCUCACCUUAAUCAAUUUAAGUAUUUCAAUUGGGCUCUUUCUAGAGAUGAUUUCCAGAUCAAUGAUUCAUUGUUAGAUGGUAUCACCUAUAUUUUAAGAAAAGAUGUUUUAACAACACCAAACCCGUGGCACUGUGAUAAACGAUGGUUGCAUCUCUCAUGGAAUCUUGUCAAAAGCGGUGGUGGUGGUGGCGGUGGCGGAGGCGGCGGUGUUGUUACUAAAUUGCGCAACAAAUUGAUUAAAAACCUCGGUGAGGAGGAAGGCAACAUCCACGGUAUUGUUAGUACUAGAAUCCUCAACAAAUUGAUAAACGCAUUUGGGUAUUAUGGAGAUCACGAAUCUGGAAUUGAGAUACUUAACAAGUUUCCUGAUUUUUACUGCAACCCAGAUUUGAAUACCUAUUCAGGUGUUGUAUAUUGUGCAUGGGGAUGUAAAUCUGAAGACUGGGAAUUAGAAUUUUGCCAGGGAAUUGUCAAGUAUUUACAGGAAAGCAUCAAAAUUGACAAUCGAGUUGAUGAUGAGAGUGUUUGUUAUAUAAUAGACCUGUACUGUAACCUGGAUAAGCCUAAACUGGGUUAUGCAAUUUAUGAAGUUGCUAAACAGAAAAUUUCUACAAAGUGUUUACAUGAAUUGAUACAUUGUCUUUCAAAACACGAUGAAACUUUAUGCUUAGCUGAGAGUAUUGCAGUUGAUUUAUUAAGCUGUGAAGCUCGUAAAAACGCAACUUCUGCAUUUUCAUCUGUGAUUCUGGGUUUGUGUAGAAAAGGCGACAUAGAAAGAGCAAGGGGAAUUGUCAUACGAAUGUUAUUGUCAGACCCGUUUCCUGAGUUUAAAGCCUUUUACCAUGUCAUCAAAUGUUUAUGUGCAUCUGGAAAUAUGGAGGAUGCAUUGUCCCUGUUAAAACAUAAGGAGAGACUGAGUGGGGGAGUUAAGCCCGAAGCUUAUGGUGUUAUAAUUAAGGGUUAUGGUAGGAUGGAACAAGCUAAUCAAAUGGCUAAAACAAACAUUGUUCAGGAUGUGGAUGUGGAUGUUGAGAAGAUUAACUCACAUGUGAGUGUUGAGAAGAUUGAUCCGUUACAGAAUUUAUUUAGCAGUUAG